AUGCUUGUCCGACGUCGUUCGCUCUUUGUUCUGCUUUUCGCGAUCGCGACUGUGACCCUAGUUGGCUGGACCAUCAAAGCCAGCCAGCAGAUCCGCAACUUCCUCUCCUACUCUACCCGCCCGCUAUGGGACUCCCCGGCCGGUCCCCAUCACGUCAUCCCGCACUUCUACGCUGAAGGCGUCCCCGUCGAUGCCCACCUCUGCGCCCUGCACGGCUGGGACGUCCGCGACGAGAACGACCUCCCCGAGGUCUGGGACGCCGUGCUCUUCUCCUCCGAGCUAGACCUUUUCGAGAUCCGCCUCCACGAGCUCGACUCCGUCGUCGACAAGUUCUUCGUCGUCGAGGCCGACCGUACUUUCACCGGCAUCCCCAAGAACCUCACCUUCGCCGCCCACGCCGACCGCUUCUCUCCCUUCAUCCGCCGCAUCGUCCACUCCGUCUUCUCUGGCGCACACGUGCUCGCCCCGGGCGAGAGCCCGUUCGAGAACGAGAUCGCCCAGCGGCGGCACAUGGACGCCCUCCUCCACCAGCACCGCGACGCGCAGCCAAACAAGGUCCCCCCGCUCGUCAUCUUCUCGGACGUGGACGAGAUCCCGUCCGCGCACACGAUCAGGCUCCUCCGCCGCUGCAAGGCUCCGAACCCGAUCCACCUCCAGAUGCGCGAGUACCUCUACUCCUGGGAGUGGCCCGCCGGCGAGGGCAGCUGGAGGGCGCAGGUGCACCGGCUCAACUCGCCCAAGGCUGGAUACAACCACGGGCAGGUCACGGAGGCGAAGCUGGCGGACUCGGGGUGGCAUUGCAGCUUCUGCUUCAGGUAUUUGCAUGACUUUUCAGACAAGAUGAUAGGCUACUCGCAUGCAGAUCGUGUGACUGACAAGUCGCUCCUGAAACCUGAGAACAUCCAGAGGAGGAUCUGUGCGGGAGAGGACAUCUUUGGAAUGCUACCCGAGGCGUACCGCUGGAAAGACAUGCUUGCCCUUUUAGACAAGGACCCGCAAGCGUCUGCGGUGCACGUCCCGCGAUAUCUGUUGGAGCAGAGCGAGGCGUACAAGUUCCUCUUGCCCGGAGGGUGUAUGAGGGAACCCUGA